AAGUCUGUGCGUAGUGUGCUUGGUUAUUCAAUUUGUGAAAGUGGAGCCAAUGGUUAUGUGAUCCAUUGCGGUGAUCUGAUGAGCUCCAUUGUUCAGAUGUUCAGUCUGGAAAGGUAAUCCAGAUGUUCAGUCUCCCAUAUGUACAAAGUUACUAAGCUGUAAUAACUCCAAGACUUGGGGUGCUCAGAUCAUGCGUCAAGAUUGGGCUGAAGAAGCAAGAGCAGGUUUCAAGCAGUCCAAACUAGCGAAUCAAUGUAAUUAUCGGUAUAAAAUAUACGCUGAAGGAUAUGCAUGGUCAGUGAGUUUAAAAUAUAUAAUCGCAUGUGGUUCUCUUUCACUAAUAAUACAUCCACAGUACAAGGAUUUCCUCAGCCGGGGUCUUAUGCGGAGAAAAAACUAUUGGCUGAUUAGUCCCACCAACCUUUGUCCAUCUAUCAAGUUUGCUGUUGACUGGGGCAAUGAGCAUCCAUUGGAGUUUGUGAUUUUGAUCAUAGUCCCUGGUAGAGACGCUUGCGAGAUUGCAAUGGUGCACCAAGAAGAUGCCGGCCUAAACGUCGAGAUGGCAAAACUGGCUUUUGCAAAGGGUAUAUGGAGUUAUGUAUGUAAGAUGGACAAUGCAUUGCAUAAAUACCCUCCUACCCACCGUAUAGGCACAAACUUGGCUGUGACUGCUCUCCAGCUAAUUCAAAAGGACUAAUCAACAUGCAGUUGGAUGAAAAAUCUGAUUACAAUUUGGUACAGGUUCAUUAUCCAAUGGAAGCCUUUCAAAGUGUUCCAAUAGCUGAUUCCAAAAUGCAGCUUCUAGAAAUACAUGCAGGUUAGCUUUUUCUCCAAAAUGUUUCCUGGCUUUAGUAUUUCAAUUUUCAGGGAAUAUUAUGCGUAUAGCCUAAUACUUGGUUUUUACGAUUCUGAUGAGUGAGAAAUGGUUGGAAUUAGCUCUCUCCUCAGAAGUAAUUUGUUUUUUGUAAUAUUAAUGGAUCUGAAUCAAUCUUACAGAAGGCUGAAAUGAGGUCUCUUACCAAGAAGUCUGCUGGAUCAUGGAUUUUUUUCUGGAUCCCCUCUGCAUGAAGAAGACAGGAAUAAGAAAUCAAAUGGCCUAUUU